AUGGAUUAUAUAACGCAUCUCGCCCCCAACGCUAAAACCAUCAUCGGUGGAGACUUCAAUGCUAAACACCCUCUAUGGGAACCUGGUGUAGGUGCUGCAAACCAAGGAUCACAGCUUGCGCACUGGGCGGAGGCACAAGGGAUGGAAUACCUGGGUACACCAGGGCUAGCAACGCAUGCGCGGGGCCAUGUACUAGAUCUCACGUUUUCAAAUGUCCCUUUUGCUUUUACCGAAGUACGCGACGAGCUGCACUGUAGCUCCGACCACGUAACCCAAGUUACCACUCUAGUGAACCGAGGGGCGCGAGAUCUGGUGCAGCACCAUUACCGAGUGCGGGACUCAGAUUUAUGCCAACUUAACGGGCUAAUGGCAAAUAGGCUUGCUCAUAUGAAAGGAUUGGAUAUAAAAACCAAAGAGCAAAUCGAUCAAUGUGUCUAUGAGCUCACUGACGCGUUGGAAGACUCCAUUCGGAUAGCUGGCAGACUUGACCGCAAGACAGGCAGAGCAUCACCUUGGUGGACAGAGAAGUGCGCAGAGGCUCACCGCGAGCACGUACAAGCAAGGAACAGCUUGGAACCGGACCGAAGGAUGAGAGCUGCGCACACAUUGCGUAACACAGUCCGUAAGGCAAAGAAGGACUACUGGGCAAUGCGCUUGGAUGGAGUAAAGGACGACAAGGAACUGUACCAGGUCAUUGGGUGGCAUAAGCUCACCCCGGAGAAUACUAUGAAGGCUCCUCCGUUGAUUAUCGAUGGACGAGAAUACGUUGAUACCAAAGAGAAGGCUAGUGCGCUGUUCACUGCGGUGCUCGAUCGAUUCAAAGCCGAUGACGAUUUGCCUGACGACCCCUUGGAAGGCAGCACGCAACGGGGCCCACUUCCGUGGAAGAGAAGGAUUACCAAAGAGGAGGUCGAGAAACAUGUGAUUGAUGUUUCAAGCACGUCGCCGGGGGUAGACCGGGCUACGGUCCGACUGCUCAAAGCAUGCUGGGAUAGUGUCAAAGCACCAAUCCACGAGAUAUAUGACUCCUGCUUAGCACUAAGUUACUAUCCGGAUGCUUGGAAACUUGCUGAGGUGGUCAUGCUGCCCAAAGUCGGGAAGAAGGACAAGACAUCUCCGCGAUCAUGGAGGCCCAUAGCUCUGAUCUCUUGCAUAGCCAAGGGGCUCGAGAGAUACAUAGGCAGUCAAAUCUCAUGGACCGCGCUACGGCACAACGUGGUCAGCUCACAGCACUGCGGAGCGCUUCCCAAGAGGUCAGGCAUAGAUCUACUGGCCGCUUUUACACAUGAGGCAGAGCUUGCACUUGACGCAGGGAAAAUAGUGUCACUAGUGACUAUGGACGUACAAGGUGCUUUUGAUGCUCUGCUCAAGAGACGGCUGCUCAAACGGAUGCUGAAACAAGGAUGGCCCACCUCACUUCUCAGGAUGAUAGACUCGUUUCUCACAGGAAGACGAGUCAGGAUCAGGCUGGAAGGGGUCAUAACGAAGGAGUAUCCGGUAGCCUGUGGAACUCCUCAGGGCUCUCCACUAUCCCCAAUUUUGUACAUGCUGUACCUGGCUGAGCUUCUCAACCGAGAUAAAGACACACAGUUCGGGUAUGCAGAUGAUAUCAGUAUUUUUCACUGCUCAAAGGACUUUUCUACCAAUGCGAAGGUCCUACAACGACGCGUCCGGAAAAUCAUCAAGUGGGGUGAAGAUAACAAAAUCUCAUUCGCGCCCGAAAAGUUUGAGCUACUCCACAUAACUCGGAGGCACACAACCGACAACCCGCCGUUGGUAGUCAACCGGGAUUUGGUAAUCACCCCUGUCCCAAUUGCAACCACUGCAAAAACGACACCAACAAUGCGAUGGCUAGGGGUGUACUUUGACAGACGAUUGUCCUUCUUACAACAUGUCAAAGAGCGAACGACCAAAGCUAUGAAGGUGUCUGCUCACAUCAGGUCGAUUGCAAGAACGGUUCAUGGGCCGCCAGCGUCAUAUCUAAGGAAAGCGGUGAUCGCUUGCGUGCUUCCGGUAGCGCUCUAUGGAACCGAGGUUUGGUAUGCAGGCAUGACCAAGCCCGGUUUAGGUCAACACGGGCCUGAUCGCUCCAUGGACAUGAAAGCACAUUUGAAGCUGAUAGACAAGGUCAUCAACACUGCCGCACGAGGCACGAUACCAGUAUACAAGACCACGCCGAUAGUCGCGUUGAUCAAGGAAGCAGGUCUCCCCUCAGGGUGGGUGGCGUUGGAGAAGGCCAAGCUCAGGUUCGCCCUCCGGCUCCAGACAGUCGACUUUAGAAACCCUUUGAACGAUGGGUCGAUAGCCAGCACCAUGUUGGGUACGGCUACGCGAUAUACCAUGGCAGGCAGAGAGUAG